UUGUUCAGAAGACAAAACUGGAUUAUCCUUGUGAAAGAGAAGAUUCAAUGAUGGAGCCUGUCCAUAUUAAAGAGGAGAGUCCUGAACUAGAAUCAGUCCAUAUUAAAGAGGAGAGUCCUGUACUAGAAUCACUCCAUAUUAAAGAGGAGUGUCCUGUACUAGAAUCACUCCAUAUUAAAGAGGAGAGUCCUGUACUAGAAUCACUCCAUAUUAAAGAGGAGAGUCCUGAACUAGAAUCAGUCCAUAUUAAGCAGGAGAGUCCUGUACUAGAAUCAGUCCAUAUUAAACAGGAGAGUCCUGUACUAGAAUCAGUCCAUGUUAAAGAGGAGAGUCCUGUACUAGAAUCAGUCCAUAUUAAACAGGAGAGUCCUGUACUAGAAUCAGUCCAUAUUAAACAGGAGAGUCCUGCACUAGAAUCAGUCCAUAUUAAAGAGGAGAGUCUUGACCUAGAAUCAGUCCAUAUUAAAGAGGAGAGUCCUGUACUAGAAUCAGUCCAUAUUAAAGAGGAGAGUCCUGUACUAGAAUCAGUCCAUAUUAAAGAGGAGAGUCCUGAACUAGAAUCAGUCCAUAUUAAAAGGGUUAUUCUCAAUUCUAAACCCUUAAGCAGCUUGCAGGACUCUCUUACCUGUGGUGACUGUGGGAAGAGGUUCAGUCUGUCAUACUCUUUGAAAAGACACCAGAAAAUCCACACAGGAGGGAAGCCACAUCACUGUAAUGACUGUGGGAAGAGUUUCAGACUGUCAAGGAGAUUUCAAAUACACCAGCGAAUCCACACUGGAGAGAAACCAUAUACCUGUGCUGACUGUGGGAAGAGUUUCGUACAGUCACAAAGCCUGAAACGUCACCAACAAAUCCACACUGGAGAGAAACCACAUGUCUUUGCUGACUGUGGGAAGAGUUUCAUAGACUCACAAAGCCUGAAACUUCACCAACAAAUCCACAGUGGCGAUAAACCACUUGUCUGUGCUGACUGUGGGAAGAGUUUCAAAUACUCACAAAGCCUGAAACUUCACCAACAAAUCCACACUGGAGAAAAACCACAUGUCUGUGCUGACUGUGGGAAGAGUUUCAAUCAGUCAGGCUAUUUGACAAAACACCGGCGAAUUCAUAUUUUAGUGAAACCAUAUGUCUGUGCUAACUGUGGGAAGAGUUUCAGUCAUUCAAGCACAUUGAAAAGACACCAGCAAAUCCACACUGGAGAGAAUCAAUAUGUCUGUGCUGACUGUGGGAAGAGUUUCAGUGAGUCAAGCACAUUGCAAAGACACCAACGAAUCCACACAGGAGACAAACCAUAUGUUUGUACUGACUGUGGGAAGAGUUUCAAUCAGUCAGGCUAUUUGACAAGACACCGGCGAACCCACAAAGGAGAGAAACCAUAUGUCUGUGCUGAGUGUGGUAAAAGUUUCACUCAGUUACACACCCUGAAACUUCACCAGCGAAUCCACACAGGAGAGAAACCAGAUGUCUGUGCUGAGUGUGGUAAAAGUUUCAAUAAGUUAAGCAUUUUGAAAAGACACCAGCGAACCCACACAAGAGAGAAACCAUAUGUCUGUGCUGACUGUGGGAAGAGUUACAGAGAUUUACAAAACCUGAAACUUCACCAGAGAAUUCACACAGGAGAAAAACUGCAUCCAUGUAGUAGAUGUGGGAAGAGUUUCAGUCAGUUAGCAUAUCUUAAAACCCACCAGUUAAUUCACACAGGAGAGAAGCCACAUCGCUGUAAUGACUGUGGGAAGAGUUUCAGACACUCAGGCAACUUAAAAAUGCACCAACGAAUCCACACUGGAGAGAAACAACAUGUCUGUGCUGAUUGUGGGAAGAGUUUCAGGAUGUUACAAACCUUGAAACUUCACCGGCGACUCCACACUGGAGAGAAACCACAUCACUGUAAUGACUGUGGAAAGAGUUUCAGAUGGAUGUACAGCUUGACAACGCACCGGCUAUUCCACACAGGAGAGAAUCCUUAUCACUGCACUCACUGUGGGAAGUCUUUUAAUGCUUCCAGUUCUCUUAAAAGACACAAAUGCAAGUUGUGAAAGUUUAGGCAGAAUGUGAGUGUGUGUUCAUUCAUCCACACUCAGAAAUUCCAGUCUUUUUCAACAGCAGCUUAAUAUAAAAACUGUGAGAACUCUGGUGAAUGUCUACAGAUGUUACAGAUCCCUCAAUAUUAAACACUGCUCUGAAGCCUUUAAUAAAGUACAUUCUUAGUAUGGUGAAUGUUUACAGAUGAUACAGAUUUAUUGAUAUUAAACAGUUAUCUGAAGCCGUUACAUUAUAAAGUUCAUUCCUAGUUUGCAAUCCGUCAAAUAUACAGACGCCUCGGGGCGUUGUGUGAUACGAGGUGAAGCCGAGUGCCUCCAACCCCUGAGAAGUCUGUAUAUUCAACGUAUAUGGUGUGGGAGAAAUUCAUAGUUGUAAUUGAGUGGUCUUUGUAAAAAUGACAUUUCAAAUCUGAAACUUUGAGGCUUAAGAUGCUGUGAUGUUAAUUAAGUGUGUCUUCCCCCAACCUUCUCCCAUAACAUUCGCGAUCUGCUUCAAAGGACUGGAUAUUAGUAACAGAGGGUCGUAAAGAUUUAAAUUAGAUUCAGUUUAGAUUACCUGCCAGUCUGGUCUAAACAAACAGAACUGAUUCUUAUCUGUUAAUUAAGAAAGUCUGUCUGAAGGCCAGGAUACAACUUUCUUCGUAUGAAGGGUUAAGAAGUGGGACACCUGGUGGAUACGAGGUGCCAUGACUUUGCAUAUUAUAUGAAUUGUUACCGUGAAACAUGGAAUGUUUAAGUGAAUAGAAAUUCCUAAUCUCUUUAUUCUAAAAGUUAAUUGAUAAACAGACCUUCACGAGGGUGUAAUAUUAACUUGUGUAACAAUCUCAGGGUUUUAGAUUUACUGAAACUAUCAGAUUGAAACAUAACAAAUAAGUAAUAACAUACCUGAUUUAAAUGGGUUUUAGAAUCAUUUUAAUAACAAAUGUUGUGGUUUCCCAAUAUAUUGAAAUGUUUAUUGUGUUUUAAUGAAGUUUAAAUUGAAAGUAAUUCUUACAGUAUUUUACUUUAAUUAUUGUAUAACAUGUUUAACAUUUUUAUCCUUAUAUGAUCAAUUUAACUAGCUGUCACAAAAUGAAGUUUUGUUCUAUACUUGUUUCGAAUCUUGUUAUCUCUCUCUCUCUCUCUCUCUCUCUCUCUCUCUCUCUCUCUCUCUCUCUCUCUCUCUCUCUCUCUCUCUCUCUCUCUCUCUCUCUCUCUCUCUCUCUCUCCAUGGAGGAGGGUCGCUCCCUGUGUUAAUGACACACAUUGCUUGUGUAAAAGGAAGCGUCAUUCAAACUGUAAGCCAAUGAAAGGACUGAUUUCGGUCAGGGAUUAGCUUCCUGUUUUACCCGGAAGUGAUUGGAUCUCCAAAGUAUACUCCUCUUUGGGCUCUAUAUUUAAAUCAAAACAUGCAUGAACUCGUUCUCUUGGAUUCAGACUCAUCUCGCCAUGAAGUAACCAUUGAGCCUUCGCUUGCAAUGGGGACCCAUUCAAGCAUCGUACGUAUCUUCAUCCUGAAGAAGACUCCUCACCGCUACACCCUUUGUUUUUCAGCAAGAACCACAUCUCCAGAAUAAGUACUACAUUUGAAAGACAUUAAGAUUCAGUAAAAUACUGUGUGUAGAAAAGUCUACAUGCAAACCAGAAGUAAAAACAUUGAAUACAGAGUAACACUUUGUGAGAUUAAAAAUACAAGCGAUUCUACUCUGAACAAUUGAAAGAAGAAAAGACUUUAACUGAACUGAUGCUACUGUGUGCAUUUGAAAACAAUGUGAACGUCUGAACCAUUAAAACAUUGAUUGAGUUUAUCUACAAGUUCUGAAGUAACUCUAGAUUACAGCUUCAUACUAAAUGCAAUUGAAGCUGCUUCCGAACUGAUCUUGUUGAAACAAAAAUGGCGUCUUCAUUUGAACCCACACAACAGAUGCUGCUUCACCCCGUCACUGUGUGUAAUGUGCGUGAAUCCUGCAUGUGCGUGUACGGAAACACACGGAAGACAGCGUGCUCAUGAAAAUAUGUGUUUCAAUGUUUUAUUCCUGCUUGUGUACUUAUAAUUCUGGUACCAUGAUAUAUAACGUCUAUAUCCUUCUUACUUUUGCGAGCCUUAAUAAAUGUAAUCAUUUUCA